AUGACUGCUCGUCAACCAAGAGAUGUUUUGUGUGUUCUGGAAAGCAUCAUACCUUUCUUCAUGAUGGUGGUGAACACGCCGACCCUUCAACUUCAAACCAAGCCUCUUCACACUCUUCUGAACAGUCAAUCAAGGGGCAUUUUCGCAACUGCCUAUAUUAAACUUACCUCCCCUAAAGAAAAAUCGAUCGUUGUGAAAGCAUCCCUCGACUCCGGUUCCGAAGGAACCCUCGUAACUGAACGAGUUGUUCAGUUUCUGAAAUUACCUAAGCAGAAAUGUGAUGUCUCUCUGAAAGGCAUUGGGAAUUCCCCCCUCGGAAAUUCAAGUUACAAGGUUGAUCUUUGGUUAAAUUCACCGAAAGAUCCUAACUUCCAAUUACCAAUCAAUGCUCUAGUUUUGAAAUCUCUUAUUCAACUCCUGCCCAAGAGCAGACCUGAGCAUAGUAACUGGUCACACCUUGCUGAUUUGGAUCUUGCCGAUCCUAAUUACUAUAAUGAGGAAUCUGUUGAUUGCGUAAUAGGUAUUGAUCUUCUUGGUCACACUUUGCUCCCUGGAUUAAAACAACGUCCCUUGAACAGUCCUACAGGCCUUCUAACAACAUUUGGUUGGAUCACCUUUGGUCGAUCAAUCCCUCAACCCUCUGACUCACAAAAUUGCUUCUCCACGCUCCAAGUGGAAGAAAGGGACUCGUUGAAUCAACUUCUUCGUGCCUUUUGGGAAGUUGAGGAAUUACCCAAACAAAUUUUUCUGACCAAGGCGGAACAGGAUUGCGAAAACAUUUUCAAGGACACCCAUUACCGAAAUGAAUCAGGUCAAUACGGUGUUCGCUUACCAGUCUCUAUUUCACCUGAUCAAUUAGGGGAAUCUAAAGAACAAGUUGUUUCCAUGUUCCUUCGAACUGAAAAACAACAAUCAAAAAAUCCUAUCGCUAAAGCUAAAUACAAUGACUUCAUGUAUCAAUACAUUGAAGACACCCACAUGAGACCCGUUGAUGAAAACGAUUCUAAAGCUUCAUUUGUUAAUUACAUUCCACAUCAUGUAAUAACAAAAAACAACAAUCCUGCUUCAAAAAUCAGAGUUGUUUUUAACGGUUCUUUUCGCACCUCUUCAGGAUUGUCCUUGAAUGAGACCCUUCACCCCGGGCAGAAACUGCAAACUGAUAUCUGGUUGAUCAUUACCCGGUGGCGAUUCUGGAAAUAUGUAUUUACCUGUGAUAUAGUCAAGAUGUUUAGACAGAUAAAAAUCGAAUUCCCAGACUGCAACCUGCAACGAAUUGUUUGGAGACCUGACCCCAGUCAACCUCUAGUAGACUAUUGCUUGACAACUGUAACUUAUGGGACCAGACCCGCUCCUUUUCUAGCUAUCAGAGUCUUGAAGCAAUUGGCGUUAGACGAAGGGGAGAGAUUUCCACUCGGCGCUGACGUGCUGAUCAAGAACACAUAUGUUGAUGAUGCUUUUGCUGGAGGUGAUUCCCUAGAUGAGGCAAUUCAAGUUAGAGAUGAGUUGAUCUCUAUUUUAGCUUCAGCAGGUAUUUCGCUCAGCAAGUGGGCUGCUAACGUCGAUAAAUUAGUCCCUACUGAUUCCACUGAUAGUAAAAGCAAAGACAAAAGUUUCAACCUUGAGACUUCUGUUUCCACCUUGGGCCUGCACUGGAACCCCGCAUCUGACGAGUUUCACUAUAAAUUUUCCCCUAUUGACUCCUCUCAACCAACGAAACGAAUUGUUGCUUCUGAAAUUGCGAAGUUGUAUGAUCCUCGUGGGUGGCUAGCACCAUUUCUUCUGAAAGCAAAGCUACUAUUGCAAAAUUGUUGGUUAGCUGGCUCAGAUUGGGAUAAACUCCUACUGAUCAAUCUCUCUACUGAAUGGAUUGAGUUUCAACAGCAGUUACCACAGUUGAACCUUAUAAAAAUUCCCCGCUGGAUCAACACUGAAAAUGAUCAAUCGAAUUGGGAACUACAUGGUUUUUCAGACGCCUCUGAAAGAGCCUACUCUGCAGCGAUCUAUCUUGUCCAUCGAACCUUCGCUGGUGAAUCACAUUCGAACCUAAUCAUUGCCAAAACCAAACUGGCACCUGUCAAGGCCAUAUCUCUUCCAAAAUUAGAGCUUUGUGCUUCAACACUUCUCGCAAAACUGACAUUAGUAGUCAUCGAAAAAUUAAACUGUUCUCCAAAUUCGAUCCACUACUGGUCCGACUCUCAAAUUGUCCUCUCAUGGAUUCAAGGUCAUCCUUCAAGAGGAUUCACUGUUGACGAGCUUCUCAAUUCCACCUUGUGCUGGCAUGGACCAGUUUGGCUGCUGAAAUCACCCGACAAUUGGCCUGUCUCGAAUCAGACCCUUAACCCCAACAUCGACCUAGAGGCACGCUCAAAAUAUAUUGAAAAGGUCGACGAAAUUCAAAUCAACAUUAUAUUGAACAGAGGGAUCCCCGAGCUCCUCUCCUUUGUCUCGUCACUCACACAGUUACUAAGAGUGACAGCCUAUUGCCUCCGUUUUAUCCAGGCUCUACGAAAUCCGAACCUUGAAAUUGAACCCUAUUUAACUGAUGAUGAAUUAAAACGAAGCUUUUCAACCUGGAUAAAAGUCGUGCAAGACGAGAAUUUCUCUGAAACAAUAGAGUUAUUGAGAAGCAAAAAAUCUUUGCCCUCAAGCAACCCACUGAUCAAGUUGUCGCCAUUCUUAGACGAUGAUGAGGUUCUCCGAGUUGGAGGACGGCUCCAGAGCUCACUGCUCUCGUUCGAUGAAACACACCCAGUUACCCUGACAAAAAACAGCAAACUUUCCGAAUUGAUCGUCACUCGAGCUCAUCUCGAUACUCUUCACGGUGGUCAGCAACUUACCCUGAGUAGGAUUCUCAAAAAAUUUUGGAUUGUCAGCUCCAAAACCCUGAUUAAUAAAAUCAUCCGAACCUGUAUCAAAUGCUUCCGAUUUCGAGCGAACUUUCAAACUCACAAGUAA